AUGGGAGAUGUAUACACCAAUGCAGCUGGCAACAUUGCAGCAUCUGCGUCGAGUAGCCCUGCUGGUGGGUUAUUCCGAUCUCGUGUCACAAAGGACAUCCGGCCGGGCAUCGUAAAGUCAAACCUCGCUUCCCAAGAACCCGAGGAGUUCUACAUAUUUGAUAAAGGAUAUUGGGACCGCCACCUUCUGUAUGGUGCUCUGCACAACAGGGGAUGGGUGUUCCAGGAGCGGUUCUUAUCACCGCGACAAAUCUACUUCACAAGAAGCCAGGUUAUGUGGGAAUGCUUAGAGGAACACAAAUGCGAGGGAUUUCCACGAGGAAUUCCACUUCAUGAAUCCUCGAAAAGCAUCAAACGCCUCCUUUCACCACAAAGGAAUGACAAUGAGACCAAAGUUGAAGGCCUCAUGCCACUUGAUGCUUUGGAUCUCUGGCUUGAUAUCGUCGCUACCUACUCCAGGUGCGAAUUCAGCGUGAAAGAGGACAAGCUUUACGCCCUAGGGGGCAUUGCCAAGCUCUUCCAGGAAGUUACAGCCGAGGGUUAUGAGCAAAUACAGAGCCCCAUCUUGGUCAUGGGCAUCUGUUGA